UUCACUUUCACACUCAUUUAACCCCUCGCUCGGACCCCCGCCGACCGCCGCGCUACACCCAUGCUUUGCCCUCCCCCUGAGAUGCGAUACCAGUGCACGGUUUCCCGGAGAAUAUCUUCAUCUUCCGUCGCUCCUCGCUGAUAGAGAGCAUGCCCGACACGGGGACAGGCGCUGCAGUCGCGGCGGCCGCCAGCGGUGCGACCACCGCCGGCGACGGCACCGAGAGCUCCCGGCACCGCCACCGAGCGCAGCAGGGAGACGCGGAGAGGCCGGAGCCGGCCGCUGCCCCGCCACAAGCCUCCUCCGGUGUGCUGGAUAAGUUGUUUGGAAAGCGGCUGCUGCAGGCUGGGAGACACAUCAUGUCUCAUAAGUCUUGGAUGAAAACGGUGCCCACAGAGAACUGUGAUGUCCUCAUGACAUUUGCAGACACUACAGAUGACCACACGUUGCUAUGGCUACUGAACCACAUCCGGCUGGGAAUCCCAGAGCUCAUCAUCCAAAUCCGACAUCAUAAGCACACACGAGUCUACGCAUUCUUCGUCACCGCUACGUAUGAAAAUUUGUUGCGAGGUGCUGAGGAGAUGGGACUGAGGAAAGCUGUGAAGCCCGAGUUUGGCGGAGGAACACGAAGCUUCUCCUGUGAGGAGGACUACAUCUACGAGAACAUCGAGAGCGAGCUGUGCUUCUUCACGUCACAGGAGAGGCAGAGCAUCAUUAAAUACUGGAUGGACAAUCUACGUGCCAAACAUGGAGAGGUGCUUCAUAAUAUCAACUUCCUGGAGGGCCAGCCAAUCAUCCCGGAGCUGAGUGCGCGAGGUGUGAUCCAGCAGGUUUUUCCUCUCCAUGAGCAGAGGAUCCUCGGUCAGCUGAUGAAGUCUUGGGUCCAGGCUGUGUGUGAGAAACAGCCCUUAGAUGACAUCUGUGACUACUUCGGGGUGAAGAUUGCCAUGUAUUUUGCCUGGCUGGGAUUUUACACCACUUCCAUGUUAUAUCCUGCUGUGAUUGGCUUUGUGCUGUGGAUGCUCACCGAGUCAGAUCAGACGAGCCGUGACAUCUGCUGUGUGGUGUUCGCACUGUUCAACGUGGUGUGGGCCACUCUGUUUCUGGAGCGGUGGAAGAGGAGGGGGGCCGAGCUGGCGUACAAGUGGGGAACGCUGGACACGCCUGCUGAAUCCCUGGAGGAACCGCGGCCUCAGUUCCGGGGAGUCAAGCGCUGCAGUCCCAUAACAGGAUGCGAGGAAUUCUACUAUCCUCCGUGGCGGAGGCGUGUGUUCAGGUGGUUGGUCAGCCUGCCCAUCUGUAUCCUCUGCCUCUGCUUUGUCUUCCUGGUCAUGCUCAUCUGCUUCGAGCUGCAGGAGUUUGUGAUGGGGAUCAAGGAAAUGCCUCGGCUAGCUCGCUUCAUCCCCAAAAUCAUGCUAGCUAUCACUGUGACUGCAUGUGACGAGGUGUACAGGAAAAUCGCCUGCUGGCUCAAUGACAUGGAAAACUAUAGACUCCAGAGUGCCUAUGAGAAAAAUCUCAUCAUCAAAAUGGUUCUUUUUCAGUUUGUAAAUUCUUAUCUCAGCCUUUUUUACAUUGGAUUCUACCUCAAAGACAUGGAGCGGCUGAAAGAGAUGCUGGCCACUCUGCUCAUCAUACGCCAGUUCCUUCAAAAUGUGAAGGAGGUGCUGCAGCCUUACCUGUAUGAGCGCCACAAGCUGGGUGAGCUCACACUGCGAGCUGUGUGGGACCUGCUGCUCUCAGUGCUCCUAAAAUACGCCCGGCUGGCAGCUGGAAAAGCCCAGGCCUCUCCUACUGACCAGGCCAUGCCAGGACCUGGACUGAGGGGCACCAGGCCCGGGUUGGGGCCAUCAGAAAGAAGGGAAAAGAAGUGUUUGAACGGAGGAUGCGGGGUGCCUGAUGAGGAGGAGGGAGGUGAGAGGGACGAGGCUGACAGCGGGAGGUUCAGUGAAGGGGAGACGGAGGAGGAGAGUGUGAUCGACUGCGGUUUGAAGCUGAGGAAAGUCAGCUUCAUAGAGAAGGUGGACAGAAGGCCAGCCUGCAGUGGACCCCCCAUGGACAACAGUUUCCUGGAGGAGGGGAGCCCCACUAUGGUGGAAAAAGGAAUGGACCCUGCGUCUGUGUUUGAAAUGUGUGAUGACGACGAUGAUAAUGGCAUCCAUGAUGUGAAGGAGUCAGGUGGGGGAGGGACCGGUGUGGCUGAGGGAAUUAGUUCUGCUGCCGGUGCUGCUGCCAGCGCCGCCCCGCUGCCUUCUGGGUCUGAGAGCAGCACGUCGCUGCGACAGAGAAGAAGGGGCAGGAGCGUAGAGAGACCCGAGCCCAAGACGAAAAGGGAAUCGUGGAUGGACCCCCCUGAAGAGAGGGAGAGCAACACGCUCACUCAGGCUGAGAUGGAGAGCUGCAUGCAGACUUAUUCUGACACCUUCCAGGAUUACCAAGAGAUGUUUGUCCAGUUUGGCUACGUGGUGCUCUUCUCCUCAGCCUUCCCCCUGGCUGCCAUGUGUGCUCUCAUCAACAACAUCAUUGAGAUCCGCAGUGAUGCCUUUAAGCUCUGCACCGGCCUGCAGAGGCCCUUUGGAAUCAGAGUGGAGAGCAUCGGCCAGUGGCAGACUGCGAUGGAAGCCAUGGGCCUGAUUGCCAUCAUCGUGAAUUGUUACCUGAUUGGUCAGUGUGGUCAGCUACAGCGUCUCUUCCCGUGGCUCAGCCCUGAAAUGGCCAUCAUCUCCAUCGUCAUCCUCGAGCACUUUGCCAUCCUCCUGAAGUACGUCAUCCACGUGGCCAUCCCUGACAUUCCUACGUGGGUCCGGGAGGAGAUGGCUAAACUGGAUUAUCAGCGCAGGGAGGCCUUUAAGAAGCAUGAGCGGCAGGCGCAGCAGCAUUACCAGCAGCUGCAGAGGAGGAAGAGGGAGGAGGAGGAGAGGCAGAGGCAGGCGGAGCAUAUGGCCCGCAGGGAGAGGGAACGGGACGACAGCAAGGGCGACUCCUCCGGGGAUCACCACCACGACAAAAGUCACAGCGGCAAAUCACGCCCCGGGGGUGGAGGCGGAGGGGGCAGUGGGUCGGACAAACCCAAGAGGCCCAGCUCUCUGUUGGCCAACAAUAACGUGAUGAAGCUGAAACAGAUCAUCCCACUGCAGAGCAAGUUCUCCUCGGGUGGCGCCCGCUCACCUCAGUCACCCACUGGAAGUGAGCCAAAGCUGCCCGGGUUCCUGAGCUUUAAAUUCCUCAAGUCACCUGAGAAUAAGAAGGAAGGUGCUGCGGCUUCUGCGGCUGCCACCACGGCCACUAAUGUCACGGCGACAGCAUCAUCAUCUUCAUCAUCAGGUAGCAGCUCUCAGGAGCGUUCUCAGUCACCCAGCAAAGCCUUCAACCCUGGGAAACUGUUUAACUUUGGGAAAUCUGAGGGGGGGGCGUGUGUGAACGGGGCCGCGCCGCCCAGAUCCACGGAAGGAUCAUCAUCGCAGACGUCAGAAAGACAGCCGUCCAGGUCUGACUUGAAUGGCGUUCCAGACGAGAUCCCCUCGCCUGGAGGGGAAGGGUCAGAGAACGGACAUUCAACGGACUUGGACCCGGCCGGCUCUAAAGUCUAGUAGCUCCAUAGAGAUCAAAGUUGUCGUUGGUUACAUCUCAGCUGAAGAAGUGGUGUGCUUACGGUGAGGAAAGGCCUGACCUACCUUCUGUGCUGUCACAGGCUAUGUGUAGAGGUACUUGAAGCAGAGAGAGGAAAAGACGAAACUGAUGAGAGAUGACUUUUGGUUUGCUUUUUUGCUGAGAGACAAAAAAAACAGGCUUUAUAAGAAAGACGUAAGCCCUCCUGUCAUGACGAAUAAAAACACACACAAAAACACACACACUCCCUUGCACACGCAAACGUACAAAUCCUUCCUUGUCUGCAAUACAUAAAGAAAUGCAUGAGCUGCGUUUCUAAUAUUUUUAAGCCUUUAAAGCAGAGAGCUGUGUUUCUUGAUUCCUUCUAGUCAUAAAUUGUAAGCAUCGCGCUGGCCUCCCACUCGGACACAGCAGCCUGUUGUGGAGGGAAAAGAUUAAAAAACAUAUAAAGUGGUAUGAAAGGAUCACAGAUUGUACAUCAAAUUACUACUGCGAGUGUUUUUAGCCGUCACAACCCAAGUGAUCAUUAGAUAUUGUCUCAUUUUUAACUGUGAGGAAUUCUUGGGCCCUUCACUUUUAUAUUGAAGUGGAAAAUGGAAGCAAUAUUGAUCAGUGUUUUAAUUACUCUUCCCAAUCAUCACACCAAAACCCUCCCUUAAUAAACAUCCCCGAGAUGUCACCAGCUUUAUUUUCAAAGCAGAGGUGAUAUCUGAGUUUGCGCACUUCUUCCCAUCCUGUGACAGAAGCAGAUCUGUUCAAAAAGGAAGUAAAGACUUCAGUAAGUCGAGCUGUCACAUACCAGUACUUUUCCCAAGAGAGCAAGUGGAAGAGAAUUACAAGAAAAGCAAAAAAAAAAAAAUGUAAACAGCAGAAGUAGAUGAAGGCGAUUUGGAGAAAAUGGAGCAUGGAGGCCUGUUGCGUGCUGUUCUCCAUCCAAGCCCGUAGAGCGCCUUGUAAACACAGAUGGCGCUCCAUUCCACACACUCUAACCAGACUUGGCAUUGAGUUAAAGAAGUAACAUUUGCACUAAACCCCUACGCCCUGCAUAGAACCGUCUCUCCCUCUGCAGGAGAGCGGACCGACACCAGCCUGCCUCAUAACAUUAUGCAAAAGCUGGAUUGUUUCGAUUUCCUCCUUUCACGCAGCACAUGCUAUCUACUCACCUGCUCCUGCUCCCAGCAACUAUGGGAUUUCCUAAAUGUUUCAAUUUUUUUUUACAGUAAUUGCUCUUAUUUAUGUUGAGCUCCAUAGAUUUUUUUAUACACACCAUUUACUGCACUGCUUUGUCGCAGUGCCGAUGAUGGAAAUUUCCUUUUUAACCAAAGCGGUAUUUUUCGGAUUAUGCUGUUAACCCAAGAUGUAUGUAUGUUUUGUUAAUCAUGUACAUCAACGCUGUUUAUGGCGUACAUUGUGUUACUUGAGUAAGACAGGCCAUCAUCUACCAUUAAACGGUAUUUCACUUCUGUGAGGUCUCCAGAAGGUGGUGCCAGAUUUCAUUUGCAUAGCUAAACGUGUUGCUGAACCGCUUGUUCUGAUUUACUAUGGACUUGUCGCCCAUAACAUCAGUGUCUCGUCGUCAGCAUGCAGUAGGGGCAGCGAAAUUAGAGUGUCAGGCUGCAGUCUGAGAGGAAAAAUGCAUAACGGUGACAGUAUAGAUACACAAGCACACAGUGAGAAAAGUUUCAGAGGCAAUCACACUGGAGGUUGAGGGACAGAAACAUUAACUAUGCAUUUCCACACCACCACCUCUGGCAAGGAUUUUGGCAAUAACGCUGAGUUGUUGGAGACUUACAUGUAAUACUAGAGUCUAGACUAACCUGACCCACAGCACCCACCCUACUUACAUUAUCCCAAGCCAGACUCUAUGCAUCCUUCCUUUGUGUCCCUUCAGUUUUCAUUGUCGGCUCUCCCACCUCCCUCCUGUCUCAUCUCUACUGCGACGGAUACCCCCUGACUCACAAUUAAAAUAAUAACAAUAAUCUCAUUCAUCGCCUGCUUUGUGUUUACAGAAUCUGUCCACUGUCGGGGUGAUGAUGGCAAUGAGCUUCAGACACGUCUGUGUAUGUUGUGGCUGCUUUCAUGUGUCGGUAACAACUUUACAAUUAAGUGUAAUCCACUUUUCAGUCACAAGACUAAAGAGAAUACAAAAACGUACUUCCACAGACAGACAAAAAGAUCUUACUGACGUGAAAUGCAAUAAGGAAAUAGGGCAUCAAUUUGUGUGGUCACAUUAUCAUUUUAUUGUUGUUCUUUUUUUUACACUUGGAAAUCAUUGUUCAUUAUAAAUGUGAAGUGCAAGGUUGAGAGAAACCGAAUAUAUGUAUUAGUCACAGGGUAGAGAUCAGGAUGGUGAGCGUAACUGAGCGUUGUCUCAUCAAAACCUUUAUUCCUGCAGCAUGUGGAGUUCAGGGAUGAGUGACACCAUGAUGCAAUAGAGUCCAUAAAUCGUCAUUUGAAAGUCUGUGGCAGUUUGUACAGAAAAUGAGGAACCGCUUUCAAAGCUGAGGUGACUAACGUGAGAAGGGCAUUUGCUGAUACUGGAGCAGCCCAGUGGAGUUUAGGUCAUGCCUCCAUAUUUGUAGUUCCUCCUUAUUCAGGGAAAACUUACAGUACAACUUCAUAUAAUCGAAAUCAAUAACAUUAACAAGCGUAUCACUUCUUUCAUCCUUGCACUCUUGGCAGCAGCAACUAAUUCUGCACAUGGUUAAUAUGGAGGUGAAGUAAAUGAACAGAUCACUGAAAGCUUCAUCAGGAGGCAUCCCAUGCCAGAGGCGGCACCAUCACUGUCUUCUCGGGCCAAGCACAGGCGUCCCUCGCACGAGGACAGCAGCUCAGACGGCUGAGACCCAUCAGCGGUCUGUAAUUCACUCUCACAGCAACAGGGGUUCUUUUUAAGGGUUUGGGCUUAUCUAGACUCUUUACAAGCACCAUCAGUCUAAUGUGAAACCAGUCAGGAAGGACUGAAUUUAGUAAAUGUACUGAUUUGUUCUGGAUUUUAAGAGUGGAUUUGAAAAGGUGAGAUUCUCACCACAGCUACAUUAAAACCUGACUCUAACCUCAGAGUUUAGGGUAUGACAUCUUCAUGGAAGCCUCACUUACUGAACAUCAUAUGCUCUUCCAAUGUACCACUGUACAAAAAAAAAGAUCUUUUAAAGAGAAAUACUGGGAAAUGGGAUUAUUUAUUUCUUUUAAUUUAUUUUGUCAUAUUUUUGUAAGACCUGAAAAAUAGUUAAUAAAACUAUUUCAAAUGCA